AUGCUGCUGGCUCUGACGCAGGUUGCCGAUUCUGACCCGAAGGAUUAUGGAAAACAGCAUUUAUUUGGUGCCCGCGCCCUGAUUAACAAUAUGCUCCGUGAAAUAUCUAUGUCAACGAUCGAUAACCCUGUGGUGCGACUCUGUCUGGGAAUCUAUCUUUACUGGGACAUGUGCAGUUCAUUCUUGGUAGACCCAUGUGAACCACAGGGUCUCAACUUAUUUAACAUGUCCCUCGCGGUACACACGAUGGGAGACUGGCACCAUCCAAUGUACGGAACAUGUAGCCGACUUCUCCUUAUCAUAGCAAAUGUCGGACGAUAUUGCCGACAGAUACAUGAUAUGCCACAAAACCGCAACCCUAUGCAAGAAGUCAUGCUGGAGGCUCAGCUGCGCACAUGGACGACGAGUCCCCCCAAUGCUGACCUGGGCCACUUAUAUGAAGCGUUCCGCAACCACGGGCUCGUUUUCCUUUAUCGAUCUCGUGCACAUGCACAGAGAGGUUGUCCUAAGGAUCCGGAUGUGACUGAAGCACAAGAGUCUUUGAUCCUACAGUACGCCGAGGAGACAGUCCGCCAUCUGCUACUCACUCCAGCAUCCUCGUACUCCCUUAAUUUUCAAUCUCUCCCUCUUCUCGCAGCCGGAUCCGAAUUGAACGAGUCGAAUCACUUCUUGCGUGAUGAAGUGCGUGGCAGACUACGAGCCAUCUAUUCAAUGAAUCGCCUUCCCACAAAUCUAAUGGCCCUUCAACUCGUUGAAGAACUCUGGGAUGCCCGAGACCGUGGUAGCCCCUCCUUCUGGCUAUCACACACGCUGCAGAAGGAUUGGCGAUUGCUUCUAACAUGA